GACUUAACCGCUCAGUGAGCAGCUGCAGCAGCGCCUGCUGUCAGCUCCGUCCGCAGAUUGAGCCCGCGGUUAGCUGGAUUUGCCUAGCAAACAGCCACAUAGUCGCUCAGCUCUGUGCUUAAUUCGGACUGCGGUUGUCCUUGUACACGUUACCGGACAAGUAAGCGAAGCAAUACGGGUUUUUAUUUUUCUGCCAGCAGCCCACAGUCAAGAGGACGAGUAGAGAACUGAAAUUUAAGCUAACACUGGUUAGCUAGCGAGCUAACGUUAGCUUGCCAACGCAAUGGCCAUCAGAUGUAUUCAAGAUGACGUGAAGGACCUCUUCUUGUAGAGACCAAGAUGACUGAAGUCCAGGCCACAGUGGAGUUCUCUGUGGAGCUCCACAAGUUCUACAACGUGGACCUGUUUCAACGGGGGUUCUACCAGAUGCGUGCCAGUCUUAAGAUGCCUCCACGUGUUCCACACAGAGUGGAAACCAGUCUGCUUCAUGCAGGAGGCUCUGAUCUGGCGUUCCCUGCUUCAGUCCAAGAUGACGUCAUCUGCAGCAAAACUUUCCAAAUCCUGUAUAAGAACGAGGAGGUUGUUGUGAACGACGUCCUUCUAUUCAAAGUGAUGAUGUUGCUGGAUGAGAAGAAGGUGGAAGAGUCCCUCAGUGACAUGGAUUUUCAGCUCUUCCUGGAUUUAUAUUUUACAGAUGGUGAUUACACGCCAGAUGAUCCAAGCACUCUACAGAACAUCAGCAGCCGCAUACUUCGUUUGCACUUUAGCCUUCAGCGAGGCAUCCACCAACACAUUAAUGUUAUGUUUGACUAUUUCCACUUGUCUGUCAUCUCUGUCAUCGUCCAUGCUUCCCUUGUGGCUCUGCAUCAGCCCCUCAUCAGUUUACCUCGACCGGUGAAAACCACCUGGCUCAACCGAAACGCUCCAGCACAGAGCAAAGAUUCUGUGAUCCCACCUCUGGAGAACGUCGUCUUUGGCAGCAGCUAUGUCAAACAGGCGUCACCAGACGGCAGGGCGUUCCUGGUGUCUGACCACUGUCUGCAGCAUGCCUUCAGUCUACAUCAAAACCUUUGCUCCAGUCUUCUGAUAGCCUACCGGGGCCUUUUUGGCUACUUCACCUCCAUCACCAAGGACCUGCCCUCCUCCCAUCGUAUGGAACUAGCCAAGCCCAGUAUGCAGGUCCUAUAUGAGCGGGUACUCAGAAGACCCUAUCCCCGAGGUGAACGACACGUCUACAUAGAGCAACUUGACUUAGACGCCCGUCUAGCUGAGCUAUGUGAACAAGUCAAGCAGAAAGCUGAGUCUCCAGAUGAGCUGGCAGAAUUAGUAAAUAUGAACUUGGCUCAGCUCUGCUCCCUGCUUAUGGCUCUCUGGGGACAGUUUCUGGAAGUUGUGUCCCUGCAGGAGCACAUCGCUGCACUACUAGCCAUGGAGCACCAUACACUAAGAGUUAGACGGUUUGCUGAAGCUUUCUUUUGUCUUGAACAUCCAAGACAGUCUGCACUGGCAUACCAGGAGCUACAUGCUCACAGUCACCAACAGAUGACUAACGCUAUCAAGAGCUCCAGCUACUUCCUCUGUUUGCCUCCACUUCCUGUGGAAUGUGCAGACCUUGAUGGUGACGUUAGUUCUCUACCAAUCAUCUUUGAGGACAGAUAUCUGGACUCUAUAACUGAAGAUCGUGACGGACCUUGGUUGGGAAUGCACAAUACGAGGACUGGUCCCGUUUCUGGUAAAACUGAGAAACCUAAUACAAAGGAUUCCAGCGCAACAGCCACCCCCAUGCCCGAGUCCAGUUGCACACCUACGGAUAACACCUACCUGGAUCAUUUUGAUCCACCACCAAAGUCCAAAGGCAAAUCUGUUAAGCUGAAGAAAAAUUCAAAGACUGACAACUCUAAGAAGUUGAUUAGACAAGGAUCUAAGGACUCUGUGGUUUUAGUGGGCUAUAAGAAUCUUAAAGCCUCUUUUGGUGACGCCAGUACAAAGUACAAGGAAGAGGAGCCUUCGCUUAGCCAAGCUGAGGAAAGACACACCUUGCAGCAGGACUUGAGUAAUGUUUUACGGACUAAUGCUGGCUCUGUUUUGGACUCUGGUGGAACAUUGGCACACCCUGCUCCAGAUGAAAAUAUAACUAACCCUGCUUGUCCAAUAGGUGCCUCUACUCAGGAGUCACAAAGUAAACCUCAGGCAGGUACUGGGGCUAUUGCUACAAGCCAGCAAAUCCAAAAAGACGAGCAUGUUGACCUCAGUGGCCAAAAACUGCCACCGCUGCCUGCUGGGCUAAAGCAAAACGAGGUGAAGCCAAGUAACAAGGACCCAGUGCAAGCGGAUAAGGAUCUUCUAGGUCAUACAGUUGGAAGUUUUAGUUGUAGUGUUCCUGAAAUCCCCCAGACCAAUGCUUGUGACUCUGCGGUGGAUUUUGUCUUUGAAAAGCCGAGUAAAGAGGCGACGCAUCGUAGUCAUGGCUGCGUGGUCUCAGUACAGCUAAAGAGUGAGUGCAUCAGACUGCCGGAUGUGGGAGUCCCUAGUGCCUCAUCUCGCCUCUCGGACUCGGGCAUUGAAAGUGAGCCCAGUUCCUUUGACACUCAGCUCGUUCUAGGAUCUCAUGUGGGUCCAGGUGUGACCGAGUCCGGUGUUCCUGUUUCCCAUGCCGUGAAGAAUCCUGCUCCUCUGCCUGCUCAACAAACUGCAGUGCAAAAGCCCAGUUGUCCAGGAGAAAGUCUGUUCCCAGAAAACUCGAGUGCUGUCAGUGGAGUCCAGUCCUCCCUCACUUCCAUCAAUUCCCUGCCUUCAGACGAUGAGGGCGAAGGCUCCUCUAAGAGCUCCGGUGGAGCUGAGGUCCGAGGCAGGAAGUCCAGUGUUUUGGUGCAGGAGCAGAGUUUGGUGUUCUCUGGAGAGGUCGAUAAAAUGACAGACACAAUCUGCCAUCCUGAUGAUGCUGCUGGAGAUUUCCAGCUGAGAAAACCCACCUCUGAUCUUGAAACGGAUCCUGAGUGUUUAGAAUUUGUAGUAGAGGAGGAGGCAGGUGGAUCUGGGAUGUUCAAAGAAUCUCGUAGUGAGCCCCACACAGCCUGCCCCUCCAGUAACUCCGCCACCAGUAGCACCGACCUGGUGAAACGGGGGAUGGUGGAGAACUACUUUGGCUCGCGCUCCAGCAUAGAUGUGUCCGAGAUCAGCCCAGUAGAAACAUCCGCCAUCACACUGGGAAUCCAGACAGGGACGCAGGUGGAGGAAGACGAGGAUGAGCCUGAACAUGAGAUGAUCGAGAAUGGUUUCUAUGAGGAAGGUGACGGCUAUUCCUUUGUGAACGGCGUUGCUGAUGAUGAACAAACCGCACCUGAGAUCGGAGCUGCCCAAGAGAUGGGUUUUCUGUUUGAGCAGCUUGGCACUAGUUACCUUCACGAAAAGGAUUUAUCUACAGCUCCUCUACAUUCCAGUCUGGCCACCAGCAGUGUUGGGCAUAGUUUGGGUAGAUGUUCCUAUUCCUCCGCCUCCUUGGCUUCCAGCAUAAAUUGGUUUGAAUGUGCACCUAGGCCACAGAUGAAGGCGUUCAUCAAGGCCAAGGAAGAAAUGAAGCAGCUGAAGCUGCCUGGUUUCUUGUACAGUGAGCUUCCUGAGCUGGCUUCCACCGUACCUUAUUUCAGCUUGGAGGAAGAUGAAGGCUGUGAAGAAGGCAUCCAUCUCAUCGUGUGUGUCCAUGGCCUGGACGGUAACAGUGCAGACCUGAGACUUGUGAAGACCUACCUGGAGCUUGGACUGCCUGGUGCUCGCAUAGACUUCCUGAUGUCUGAGAGGAAUCAGAACGACACCUUUGCUGACUUUGAGUCGAUGACUGACCGACUGCUGGAUGAAAUAGUCCAGUACAUUCAGAUAUACAGCCUCACUGUGGCAAAGAUCAGCUUUGUGGGUCAUUCUUUGGGAAACCUCAUAGUUCGCUCCGUGCUAACCAGACCCAGGUUUAAAUGUUACCUGAGCAAGCUCCACACCUUCCUGUCUCUGUCUGGACCUCACCUGGGCACUCUAUACAACAGCUCCGCUUUGGUCAACACAGGCCUGUGGUUCAUGCAGAAGUGGAAAAAAUCCGGGUCCCUCCUGCAGCUGACGUGUCGUGAUCACUCUGACCCUCGCCAAACUUUCCUGUACAAACUCAGCAAAAAAUCCGGUCUGCAGUAUUUUAGGAAUGUGGUGCUGGUGGGGUCACUGCAGGAUCGAUAUGUUCCCUAUCAUUCUGCUCGGAUAGAGAUGUGCAAAACGGCACUAAAGGACAAACAGACAGGGCCUGUGUAUGCAGAGAUGAUCGAGAACCUGCUGCUGCCAGUUCUUCAGAACGAAAACUGUAAUCUCGUAAGAUAUGAUGUCAUUCACGCACUGCCCAACACAGCCAACUCUCUCAUUGGUCGAGCUGCACACAUUGCUGUCCUGGAUUCUGAGAUCUUCCUGGAGAAGUUCUUCCUUGUUGCAGGCCUCAAGUACUUUCAGUAGACCUGCAUCCCAGUUCCAGACAUGGACGCCAGGAAGUGGAACGUGGCUCUAAUACCUCACUGCAGUUAAUGUUAUUCUGAUGGUGGUCUCUUGAUAAUCUAAUCAUUUCUCAAAUACAGUUUAAUUAUUGUUUUUUAUGUUCAUAUUGUAAUCAUGAUGGAUAUGGAGUUCAUUUUUAUUUUUCUAUUGUAAUUUUUUUUAACAUUAAAAUUUGUGUUUGGGGAAAUAAUUUUCCCUUUCAUGUUAAUUUUUUAGUGUUAUUUAUGUCUUAUGUUAUGUAUUUUUCUUUUACUCCAAGGUAAUCAAGAAAUUUUCAGACUCUGAACUGGAAUUAUAGCUGCUACAAAAAUGAAAUGGCUGUUUUUGGUGAGCCAGCCCAAGUCAAGGCCGCACACACGGCUCUCAGCACUCACCAGUUUUAAAAGACACUGCAUUGAUUUGCACCACAACUACAUUUUACAAGCUUUUGUACUACAUUUGUACAAGUUCCUUUUUUAUCAAUUGUCCAUCACUUUUUAAGGCAAAGAUUGCAUUUGAAAUAGGAUUGUUGCUCAGAUUUUGCAGCUCUGGCUUUGAUCUUGAUGCUGUUGCUGCACAUUUACCCAGCCUGGUGUUGGGAGAGGAAAGCUUUACCUAGAACAUGACACUUUAUUACAAGGGUUCUAAACUAUGAUCACUGUUCAGAAAUAAGCACACGUUGGUUUUUAUGAAAUUGUCAAACGCAAGUAUUUAGUCGAUUAUUUGGUGAUGAUUUAUGUGUUAAACUGGAAAGUAUUGGUUGGAUUUAACAAAUGGUUUUCUGAGCAGUUGUUUAUUUAUAUAUAUAUAUAUAUACACACAUUGUACUCAAACAAUAAAUAUGCAUAUUUUAAA